AUGUCUGAAGGCAUCCGAAAGCUCAUGGAAGGUGACAGAGAAUUGCUGUUGCUAAAAGCCCGCGCAUCAAAACCAACUUAUCUUCCAGAGCAAUGGAAUGAGGGUAACCAAGACUACUCAAGGUCACCUGAUAGACGGAGAGAUAAUUCUCCAGAGCCGAUGGACAAUGCUGUGCCAACCUAUGUCUCUCCACCUCCUUCCUUUGACAGGAGUUUUAAACCUGCUAAAGUCAAAGAACCAGAAAAAGACAGCGCGAUCUUACAAUGUAUGAAAACCUUGCCGUUCAUAAAAGAGUACUUUGUGAAUACAAACAGGUACUUAACCCUGAAUCGAAGAGUACCUCCGGUAUUCAAUAUAUUGAUGGGCGAGGUGUUUGAUAAGCUGUGGGAGGGUUGAGAAGAUGAUCCAAAAGUCUACAAUCCCCAAUUUAUAAGGGAUAAACUCAGCCGCUUGAACCCAAUGUUUGAAAAAGGCUGGCAUGAAGAUGCGUUCGAGUCCUUCACAUUUUUCUUCGGUCAACUAAGCGAGGAUUGCACGGUCGAAAUGCCCAGACCGGAUGUU